CAUAAUACUGGUGUUUUAAUAUUGUCUCGCCUUGAUUGGCAAAAUAACAUUCGAUUUCAGGAGAAUAAUGAACAUGGGUGGACAAAUGAGCCUAAAGGACUACCCAUACAAAGGCGUCCAGGGCCAAUGCUUAUUCAAUGCAAGUAAAAUACAGGCUAAAGUGACCGGUUGCGAAAUUUAUAAUCUCACAAAUGAGGAUGAUUUGGUCAAAGUGCUUUACAAUCAAGGUCCAGUUGUCGUAGAAAACAAUAUAAAGUUUUGGAGGUUCAAGAACUCUUUUGGAGCGGGUUUCGGCGAGGACGGCUACUUCCGGAUUGAGCGCGGUAAUGAUUUGUGUGGCGUCAUGGACGAUGAACUCAGCUCUGCUAUUGUUGCCUAA